UUUCAAGAGAUACAAUGGGUCAUUGCUUUGUUUCCUUCUUGAUCAACCUAACAUUGAUACUUCAGCUUGCUUGUGCACAACUAACUCAGGUGGGGGAUCAUAUAAUCAGCGGCGUUCCAAACAAUCUGAUGCCACUGCGGGCUCAUUGUCAAUCGAAAGACGAUGAUCUUGGGAUGCACAUGCUCAACAAUGGCCAAUCAUUCAAUCGGAGAUUCACUAUCAACUUUUGGGGAACUACUCUCUUCUUCUGUCAUUUUUAUUGGGGUUCACAUAACACAAGUUUCGAUGUUUUCAAUGCCACAAUAGCUGACAGGAACUGGGAUUUUCCUCGAUAUGAUUGUUACUGGGUUGCAAGACCUGACGGUUUCUAUCUCAGCAAGGAUAACAAGUCUUGGGAGAUAUUCAAUGAUUGGACAUGACUCAUGUUUAAUUUGUGAUCAGAUCAAUAUAAAUUCUUAGCCUGAUUUGCAAUUAAGCGCAAACCGCUAAUGAAUCUUGGAUGGAAAUAAACACUUGAACCUGAUAAUUACUACAUUUACUAGUAUUUGUGAUAAGGGUAUGUGAAUUAGAUUGACUUAUCAAGUCGAGU